AUGCUGAAGGGUUCUGUUGUACUCUGGGAGCCGGUUACCGUGUUGCACAUCACUAUGCAAUCUGCGCAGGUUCCUCCUGGUACUGAAACGGGAAUUUUCUAUAUCCCGAUUUGUAACCUACCAUUCGAGACCAGAUGGAAGCCACUCAAAGAGUGGCUCUGCCGGGAUUGUGAAGUUGACUAUGUCCAGAUCUUUACCAUAAGUACUUCGGGAUGGAUUAGAGUCAGGGGCUCAUACAACUUUCAUCGUGUAUGUGGUCGUUUGAAAGAAGGGGUGUUUAAUGGUAGACGUAUCAUGUAUGAUGACCGAAACAUGACGAGUUCAGUCGUGCUCAAGGAGGUUCAUGAUCCAAAUGCAAGUCCCGUAUCCGCGCCACUGGGACCUGGCCAAGCUGGACUCGCAUCAAUCGACCGACAUCAAAACAGCUCUUACUCGUUUGGCCCCUUUUAUGGAACGCCAUAUGACUCAGUGAGAGCUCAGGCAUUUCACAACCUUUCUCCUGUCAAUGAUGAACGGUGCUUACAGUGGAAUACAUCCAGUUUACCCGCCAUUCAUGGGCAUCACACAGCUCAGCAACAGGAAACUUGGUAUCCCGAUGAUGUACCCAGUGCUGGGUUCUUCCCCAGCACAUCUACAACAUCCUCUUUCGGUUCCUCUGAUAAGCCCAAGCAAGUUGUUGCAACGGAGCAUAGAAGGAUCAUCAUCAGACGGAUAGGGCACAACAUUUCAGAGGAUCAGAUUAGGGAACUCAUCAAACUAAGUCUGGAACGCAUCACUCCAGUGGCAUCAGAACUACAACGAAUUGAAAUUCCGCGGGGGUCUAGCAACCAGACAAGAGGCCACGCCUUUGCGACCUUCCGUACCCCAGAAAUAGCAAGAAGUGUAGCUGAAUCUCUGAAUGGCAAGACGUGGAAUUCUCGCCAGCUCGAGGCGCGCCUCACCAACGAGGGGCUCACUGAAGAACAAAGCAACUCCGGGUCGCAGAACGCUACCUCACGACAGAGCAAGGUUAGUGACGGAGCAAAGAGGAAGAGGCCAACCGACAAGGUGAGAGCGUCCGGUUCUUCGGGAUUCAGCAUCCGGCCAUCCAGCGAACUAUCCUCCUCUCGUCUGUUCCAAAACCAGCAAACAACAGGGCCGAUCAUUGCUGAUGGGACCAGCCGCAGGUCUCGAUCCAAAUCGAAGGAAAGAAAGCCAAAGUAA